AACCAUGACUUAAAUUGUUAAAACAUUAAGGGGGUGUGCCAGAAUAGUGGAAUUUGUCACAGUUAAAAUUAUAGCUUUAAACUUUCAGGACAUAAUCAACUAAAUUUAAGAAUUAUUUUAGGUAAUGUGUGAAUUUAAAUGUUCAGGUGUUCCGAAGGUACCAAAAUGGCGGAUGCGCCGUUGGGCUGCAACGUCUAACCAAUUCCAAAAAAAAAUUUUUAUAUAUGAUAUAUAGAAUAAACUUAAUUAUAUAAAAUUAUAUAUAAAAAAUGUAUAAUUAUAUAUUUUUUAAUAUCAAAAAUUUUAUAGGAUCCACUCAAAAAUCUCAAAAAUACUACGUUAAAUCAAAAAAUGUUUCACAAUCGUACAGGGAGAAACCUCAUUUAUCGGGUCAAAAAAAUCGAUUUUUUGGAAAUAGUCUUAAUCGAUUGUUAAACUAUUCAAGAAUAUUCCCUGAAAAUUUCAAGUCGAUAUCUGCAGUAUUUACGAAGUUACGAAGUUAAAGCGGACGGGUCGGAUGACGAGUUCAGACAGGCCUAGGCGACCCUCGGGCGGUCGCGUUUAUACCUGCGUUCUCGGACCCUGUUUAUACCUGCGUUUGAAAAGUUCGUUGGUAGAAAUUUUAUCCGUCUUCCCUUUCAAACUUGUUUUGACCUACGAUCAGUUCGCUUUCGUCUCUUGUCGAGUGAAUACGUUGUUGAAUGCAGCAUGACUUCGUAUCCAAAAGCGACACACGGGCAGUCCAGACGUUCAACGAGGCCUCGAAAAAGAAAAUCUCCUUGGAGUAAAGCUCAAGAAGAAGAAGCCAAAGAAGAAGAAAUUAAUAAUACGAGUGCUUCGAGUAAAAAAUUAAGCAGUGCUAAUGUUUUUGACGCAGAAGUGAAUAGGUCUCAUGCGUAUAAAAUUAUAGAUUUUCUAAGCGUUUUUCAAACACUCGCGCAACUGCUUAUAUGUCGAAAGUGCCUGAAAAAUGUCGAAUUUAGAGAAUCAGGAAUUCGUGGUUUCGGUUUUAAGAUAGUUGUGUUGUGUUCUUGUGGCUCUACACAGAUUGAGUCUGGUCCACUUAUAAAUACCGGUUAUGAAAUUAACAGAAGAAUAGUUUUUGUUAUGAGACUUUUAGGCAUCGGACAAGAAGGCAUCAAUAUUUUUGCUGGACUUAUGGAUCUCGGUACAGGUUUGAGUAACAGUGCGUACGAGAACAUUGUGAAACACGUGUAUGAUGCAGUAAAGUUUGUCUUUGAUGCUACAUGUCUGAAAGCAGUUGAUGAAGAAAAAAAAUUAAAUGAAGAAAAUGGAAGACCAAAAUCAAAAUUUUAUGUGUCUGGAGAUGGAUCGUGGAAGAAAAGAGGUUUUACGUCGCUGUUAGGUGUUGUAAUUCUAAUUGGUAAUUUAACCGGAAAAGUAAUCGAUCUUGUUAUUAAAAGUUCAAUAUGUAAGAGUUGCAUGUCGUGGAAACCAAAAGAAGGUACUGAUGAAUAUACUGAGUGGUAUGAAAAACACGAAGAUGAAUGCCUACUAAAUCAUUCCGGUUCAUCAGGGAAAAUGGAAGUCGAUUCCAUGAAAGAAAUGUUUUCCAGAUCACAAGAAAAAUAUGGCGUUCAGUACGUGAAUUAUAUAGGCGAUGGCGACUCAAAAACCUUCAAAGCCAUCUUAGAUUUGAAUCCGUACGGCAAUGACUGUCCUGUAAAAAAAAGUGAAUGCGUUGGGCAUGUCGAGAAACGAAUGGGCACAAGACUUCGAAAUGUAAAAAAAGAUAAGAAGCUCGGAGGACGUGGAAUGUUGACCGAUGUACUGAUAAACAAAAUAACUCGAUACUACGGAUUAGCCAUACGUCGAAAUACUGAUUCGGUCCAGGGCAUGAAAAAAGCCAUUCAAGCAACACUCGAUCAUCUAACAUCCACCGACGAGACACCGAAACAUGGAAAUUGUCCGGCUGGAGCUGAUAGCUGGUGUAAGUGGCGCAAGGCUGAGGCAGCAGGUUGUGCAGCGUCAUUUAAACAUCCCCCUCCUCUUCACCCAAAUGUUGAGAAACAUUUGCAACCAAUCUUCGACGAUCUUUCGAAUGACAAUCUUUUGGAAAGGUGUUUAGGCGGUUACACACAAAAUGCAAAUGAAUGUUUUAAUUCGACUGUUUGGCGUUUAUCGCCUAAACACAUUCACAGUGGAGCAAAAAUCGUCUGCAUUGCUGCGUAUAUUGCUGCAUCAAUAUUUAACGAAGGCUACAAUGCAGUAUUAAUGAUCAUGAACAAAUUGGACAUAGAAAUUGGGAUACAGGCACACAAUUUUGCCAUAGCGAAGGACGAGAAACGAAUAACCACACAGAACCGCCGAAGCUAUAACAGCUCAAAAGAGGCAAGAACGGCUCAUAGGAUGGAGAUGAUGGCACAAAACGAGUUCUACGAGGAAGCGGAGGGGCUACUUUAUGCACCUGGAAUCGUUGAUUAGCCUGAGACUGCCAUCAAAAUUAAGGACGCUACAGUGUACACAGCGGAGACACACCAUAAGCGAAGCAAUAUUAUUAUGGCGUCCGUUUAUAUAGUAAACAUCUUUUUUUUUUAUGAAAAAAUUCCUGUGUACUCUUUGAUUGCGUACUAAAUUGUCAUAAAAAUUUCAAAACGUUUCAGUUUAUUACACCCCAGAAAAAAAUUCGUGAAAAUCAUGUAUUUUUCGACCGUGUAAAUGAGGUUUCCCCCUUAACGUACCUCGCGGCGAAUGCCAAACUUUACAUGCAAAUUUCUCUGAAACGAAGGCCCAUGCACGCAAACGCUCUGAUAUUUUUUAUACCCUCGACCCCCCCUUUUGAAUGAACUAAGGCUCGUCUCAUUUCGUAUUUCGCAAUUGAAAUUCAUCUCCUUGUCAGUCAAAGUUUUAUGCCUUUUGAGGUACAUAAGAUGUCAUUGAGUGGUAUUGUUAAGGUCAGGAUAAGGUUACUUUGCGUUUUUUAAAUAAAACUCGCCAUUUUUUCUUGCAUAUUCUAGCUUACUUUGAAUUAAAUAUUUUCGAAGUUAUGACACUUAAAAGCUACAGUAUAUACUAUAUUGUAACUUUUUUCCUCAAAGUUAUAAAACUUCUGUCUGAAACAUAUUUUGAUUUAAUGCAGUGUUUCUGAAAUAUUUGAAAGGGUCCUUUA